AUGGGGCAUCAUAUGUUGCAGUCGUUAUUGAGCCUCUCUGAGUACGCCGCCGUUUCGGCCGCCUUUGUCUUUUUAGACUUGCAUGCAGCCUUUUACAGUGUUAUUCGCCAGGGAUUGUUUGGACAGCCCCUGCACGAUGAAUACCUCUGUAUAUUCCUAGCGAGGCAAGGCAUCUCACCACAGGAGCUCGAUGAGUGGGAAAAGCAAGCCCAGCUGGACUAUGCCUUACAGGGUCAAAGCCAAUUAGUGCAGAAUUGGGCGCAAGAUGCAUUCAAGAAUGCUCAUUUCUCCAUGAAGGGGCUCAAGUCCCUGGCUCUGACCAGUCGGGGAACAAGGCCAGGAGACCCAAUAGGAGACAUCUGCUUCAACAUUAUCAUGCAGAAGGUCUUAGCCGAAGUUCGUCAGCGGGUCAGCAAUUGGGGUUGCGCUGACUUGUUGGAGCAGCCGGUGCAAGAAGUCCUUGGACAGGAUUUGCCUGGGUUCCUGGAUGUGUCCUUUUUCGACGAUGUAGCGUUUGGCAUCCUGCAUGCGUCGCAUGAGAGACUCAUUGCUGCAGCCGCAGUAGUGCUCUCUGCACUUUGUGAUUCGGCACGUACUCGAGGAUUGCAGGUGAAUUUCCAGGCAGAAAAAAUUGAGCUCAUGCUGGUCCUUAAGGGUCGUGGGGAAUAUCAUGAGCGCGCUAGGUUGAUGGCGCAUCUCUAUUAUUCCAGGGAUUGCGCUGACAAGCUUGAAGCCCUUUUUGAGCCACUGCCGUUAGCGUUGGUUGAAGAGCUCGACCAAAUUGACCGAGACAAAGCCGCUGAUUUGAAGCUGCAGGGUUGGAGCCUGAAGAAGGCGCAUUUGCCAGCCUGUAGGGUUCCCUUUGUUCAGCUCCCUCCCUCCGACAGCCCGGAAGCUCGGGCCAUUCGAGCAGCUUGCAGUAGCGGUGAGCCAGCUGUCAAGCCCUGGUAUCAUGUGGGAGGGACCUUGGUGAGGCAAGAAGAGCAGAGGCAGCGCGAACAAGUGAUGGUAGGCACCGGCUUGCUUCAGGUGGCCAUCGAGCUGCUGCUUCUUUGUACCUAUGUUGGAGGUUGCGGGUUCUUGGAGCACCCGGAGUACCCGAGGUGGAUGAAGGGCACGCCGUGCCCUUCGAUUUGGACGCUGGAAGUGAUGCAGGUGCUGGCAUCUUGCGAGGCAGUCAGCGUUGUGUCCUUCGAUCAAUGCAUCUAUGGGGCAGGAGGGGUUAAGCCUACAACGCUCCUCCUGGUGCGGCUCCCUUUUUUCCGCGAGAUCACACUGCAAACUGGGCUACAUGGCCGAUGUCAUCAUGGUCCAGGAGCUCAUGUGAGCCUUGUGGGGCGAGAGGGGGCUAGUUUCCGCACAGCGCGUGCGAAAGUCUACCCAGCCGGUUUGAACAUCGCGCUGGCUGAAGCGUUCCACUCAUAUGUGGCGAGGUUGAAUCCGGUCCAGUGCGAUCGCGAAUUGCCUCGCGAGUUUCAUGACCUCCACGAAGCGGGGGCCGUUGAGGAGCCGGCUGUUGUUCAGCCGAACUACCAUAGCAGAUAG